AUGCAGAAGAGGAUGGGCGAGGCGGUGGCCCGGGUGGCCAGGAAGGUGAACGACACGGUGGAGAACAAAACGGAUUCCCUGGAUCUGGCCAACUGCAAGCUGAUGACCUUCCCUGUGGGCAUCUACAAAGCCAUGAGGAGUGUCACCGAGGGGAUCCACCGCAUCUCCCUGGCGAACAAUGAGCUGAAGUCCCUCACCAGCCGAUUCGUCACCACCUUCAGCCAGCUGAGAGAGCUCAAUCUGGCAGGCAACUACCUGCACCGCCUGCCCGAGGAGGUCACCUCCCUGCUGCACCUCCGAGCCAUCAACCUCUCCCGCAACAGAUUUCGGCGUUUCCCUGAGCCCCUGGCUGCUGUCACUACCUUGGAGACCAUUGAUCUGGAAGAGAAUGAGAUCACAGAGGUGCCAACAGAGAAGCUGGCCACCAUGGCAUCGCUGCGGAGUCUCAACCUGCGGGCGAACCCCGUCGGCCCCGAGGUGCGGCUCCUCGUCCGGCCCCUCAUCCCCUUUGACCUGCUGCUGUCACCAGAGGAGCCUGUCCCCAAAGCCUGA